UGCUCAUCGUCUUUCUCUAUGUUAGCAUGCUUGCUAACGCUCGGUGCUAGACCUCGCCGGCGAUGUCGUGGUGGAACGGCGGCGCGUUUCUCUCCGGCGAGCUCUCGAAGCCGACGUCCAUCUUUGGGUUGAAGCUAUGGGUCGUGAUCUGCAUCGGUGUGGGCGUGUUCAUCCUCCUUAUGCUCUCCCUCAUCGCACUCUGCAUCGCAUGCCGCUCUCGAUCUAAGAAGGCUCGCCGCGUGCUUGAUCCCACUCCGCCCGUAUCCAAGGAGAUUCUCGAGAUCGCUCCACGGGCGGAAGCCAUCCAGAUCGACAUCAGCGGGAAGCCGGAGCACCGGGUUGUGUUUCCUGAGAUAUCGCCGCGGGCGCCGCCUUCGGUGUCCACUGCUAGUGGGGAAAGCCGGGAGGUUGUGGACUCGGUUUCGCCUUCAGGAGGGCGGCCGCCGGAGGUUUCGCACCUUGGAUGGGGACACUGGUACACAUUGAGGGAACUGGAGGAGGCGACCGGGGGGCUUGCGGAGGAGAAUAUCAUCGGAGAGGGGGGAUAUGGGAUCGUGUACCGAGGCGUCCUGCAGGACAACACCAUGGUUGCUGUGAAGAAUCUCCUUAAUAACAAGGGCCAGGCGGAGAGGGAGUUCAAGGUGGAAGUUGAAACCAUUGGGAGAGUGAGGCAUAAGAAUCUGGUUAGAUUGCUUGGAUACUGCGUAGAAGGAGCGUAUAGGAUGUUGGUGUAUGAGUAUGUAGAUAAUGGAAAUCUGGAUCAGUGGCUUCAUGGAGAUAUGGGGAGAGUGAAUCCUUUGACAUGGGAGAUUCGGAUAAAAAUCAUAAUAGGAACGGCAAAAGGUCUGGCCUAUCUUCAUGAGGGGCUUGAACCAAAGGUUGUUCACCGAGAUGUGAAGUCUAGUAACAUACUUCUUGACCAGCAGUGGAAUCCAAAAGUAUCCGACUUUGGCCUUGCGAAGCUUCUAUGCUCUGAAAGGAAUUAUGUUACUACCCGUGUCAUGGGGACGUUCGGCUAUGUGGCUCCAGAGUAUGCUAGCACAGGAAUGCUCAAUGAGAGAAGUGAUGUUUACAGUUUUGGGAUUCUUAUCAUGGAGAUAAUAACUGGUAGGACACCUGUAGAUUACACAAGACCACCUGGAGAGGUGAAUUUGGUAGACUGGUUAAAGGUAAUGGUUGGAGAGAAGAAAUCUGAGGAAGUUAUAGAUCCGAAUUUGCCUGAGAAACCUUCACCCAAGGCCCUUAAAAGAGCACUGCUUGUGGCUCUUCGCUGUGUUGAUCCUGAUGCACAAAAACGACCAAAAAUGGGACUCGUUAUUCACAUGCUUGAACUUGAUGAUUUGCUCUCCCGGGAUGAUGGUAUUGUUCUGCGCCAAGGAUCUCAAGCACAGCAUGAUCUUCCUCAAAACAGACCAGGUUCAUACAGAUACAAUCCUGAGCAUGAGUUUACGAGGGAGAAUCAAAGUAGGUGGAGAUGACAAACAUCCAGAUAGGUGACUAAUAAUUUGUUUCUUGUUACAGUUUUAGUAUUUAUAGUUUAUUAUUCAAUCUCCCUGCAACUCUCAAUUCAACAAAAUGUCUGUGUUGUGCCCCACAACACUCAUAUCAUUGUCUUGAGAAUAUUGGCUGGUCCUUUAGCAAUUAAUCCCUUUUUGGACUCAUUGUAUCAUAACAAGUGUCUCUUUUGAAAAUUAAUUUUUAUAGCUCCCCUGAUAUAUUUAUUGUA